GUGGGACGUUGCAGGUUUUCCUGAGUAGAAUAUGGGACGUACAUUGCCUAUACCGGUUACGUGUGAGGUGUGCGGGGAUCGGAGCUUUGGCCGACACUAUGGUGUUUACUGUUGCGAUGGAUGCAGCUGCUUCUUCAAGCGCAGCAUUCGCCGGCGCAUUUCGUACAGUUGUAUUUCUGGCAGUAAUAACUGCGUUAUCGACAAAGCCAGGAGGAAUUGGUGUCCCGCGUGCCGGCUGCAGAAGUGUUUUGACGUUAACAUGAAUAAAAACGCUGUGCAAGAUGAACGAGGUCCGAGAAAAACUUUGGCAAAAACCAAACGACCCGCUCCCUCUGCAGAGACCGAAGACCUUUCCUCUGCUACCACAGCCAGUACUACAGCAACGACGUCACGGAUGCUGCCGGGUUAUUCAAUCACUGAUUUGUCGAUUAAUUCGGAUAUCCGAAUUUCAAGCCCUACACUCAACGGAAGACUGCUGAUCCGUCAGGAACACAGCGCAUUUGCUGGGGUUAUCCCAUACAAUAAAGAAGACAUAACCGCCAGUCGCAUUCCCUUGCUGCUCUGCAUGCAGCAGUUCCGACUGAUGUUGUGGGAGCGUAUUCAGCGCACGGAAUUUAUGCACCUGAUUUUGACCAGCGAUCAAAAAGCAACCAUUGACAAGGUCCUGUCAUCGAUCUGGCCGGGACUUUUUCUGCUGCAUAUCUCACACGGACCGUGGAUGGAAACUACUUGUUCCGCUUUAUGGAACCGGGGCGGCAGCGAGAGCAACGCGAUGGUCAAACUGCUUAUGCGCUGUCGUGACACGCAGUUGGAUGCAUCGGAAUUCGCCGUCCUGGAGAGUCUGAUUGUGGUGCAGAGCCUGCAGAACAUUCGCCUGAGUCCCUUCUUGAUGGAACUACAGGAACGCCUACACGGUUAUCUGUGGGCGCACUGCAGUAUGACCCAGCCGACGGCACCGACCCUGCGCUUUGCAAAAUUCCAGAUGCUGACCAAUCAACUGCGUCGCAUCAAACCCGAACAGGUUCAACAGGAAAUCGGCUCCCUGACCUUUACACCCCCGGCACCGCUGUCCUAGUAGCAGUGGCUUUAGUACAGUAGAAUAAUUUCUCGUAUGUUUAUGGAAUGGUUUUUUUGGCAAGCGCUAGUCAACAUGCUAGCCAAUCGCAGUAGCUAGAGGGUAUCAAUGAAAAAGGUCGAGCGUGUAGGUCAGGUUUUUUGAACGGUAUACUGGAGAAAACUAGGCAGUAAUUUGGCUCUUAUUGUUUUCUGCUUUCUGUGGUUGCUGUUCAGAUAUU